GAUUGUGGCGCUCGCGCAGCUUCCCAAAUCACGGUCACCAUUUUCCUUUUAUCAACUCCACGCAAGCGAGGAGAAAACUGAAUAUUCCAACCCUAAAGUCACGAUUUAUUACGUUAGAGAUACGCGUACUCCAAAUAUAUUUUUCUCAGAAUUUUAGGUAGUAUACAUUUAACCAUGGCAGCACAGUUUUUCAAUCGAGUUGGUCAGCUCGGCGUGGGCAUGGUACUGGCCGGCGGUAUUGUUAAUUCUGCUUUGUACAAUGUUGACGGUGGUCACAGAGCAGUUAUAUUCGACAGAUUUGCGGGUAUAAAAAACGCCGUGAUGGGAGAAGGGACACACUUCUUCAUUCCUUGGGUGCAAAAACCAAUUAUUUUUGAUAUUCGUUCACGUCCGAGAAAUGUCCCCGUCAUUACCGGAAGUAAGGAUCUGCAGAAUGUAAAUAUCACUCUUCGUAUCCUCUUCAGGCCUGUGCCAGAUUCGCUGCCUAAGAUAUACACGAUACUCGGCGUCGACUAUGACGAAAGAGUACUACCUUCUAUUACCACUGAAGUGCUGAAAGCUGUUGUCGCACAAUUUGACGCUGGUGAAUUAAUUACGCAAAGAGAAAUCGUAUCUCAAAAGGUCAGCGAAGAUUUAACAGAGAGAGCUGCGCAGUUUGGACUUAUUUUGGAUGAUAUUUCCCUUACACAUUUAACAUUUGGUAAAGAGUUUACCCAGGCGGUAGAAUUGAAACAAGUGGCGCAACAGGACGCGGAGAAGGCCCGUUUCUUGGUAGAAAAGGCUGAACAGCAGAAGAAGGCGUCUGUUAUUAGUGCCGAGGGUGAUGCUCAGGCCGCGAGUUUACUGGCGAAGUCUCUAGCCGAGGCGGGAGAUGGUUUGGUCGAGCUCAGAAAGAUCGAAGCCGCGGAAGAUAUCGCAUACAAUUUAUCUAAGUCUCGUCAAGUGGCAUAUUUACCAUCAGGUUUGAAUGUGUUGCUUAAUUUACCGCAGUAAAAUCAAUGAAUUGUUACAUGUUUCUACAUGAAUUGUGCAUUUAUAUCAUGAGAAGUUUGUUGCUGUAAUAGAGAGAGAAAGAGAGAAACAGGAUGUAAAAAUGAAUAUAGUCUAUAUGAUGAAACUUCCCUGAAAGUUGCUUAACAGGAAUAUAUAGUAUUUUGUAACAUUCAUUUGAUUUGUGAAUAUGCGCUAUUUUAUAAAUAUAUUACGUCCUUAUAUCUUUUAAUUGCUAAAAAAAAACAAUUCAUCAUGAGGGAAGAUAUGUGCGUCCCUAUAAUUGUAAGGAAACAUCAAUUGUUGACCAAAGCUGUAGAGACAUAUGCGUAAAAUAACGUAGAUGGCUCUUCGUUAUUUUUAUGCAUAUGUCUCGUUUCAUAGCUAAAUAUAUUUGGACUCCAAUACUAAA